AGCAAAGUUUUACUUUAUAUUUUAAUUACAUGUUCCUUAAAUGAUAAGCCUUCUAGCAUUUUUUUAAAUUCAGAGAAUCGGUAAACACCAAAUGGCCUUACACAGUAAUAAAACGAAGGGGAAACUCGCUCUGGUCUCCAAGAAAUCAAAAUGUGAAGUGAUGCUGAGUUAUGACCAAGAGGACACAGAAGUUGUCAAAAAAUUAAAAGAUAUGAUUAGUAAAAAAGGGAUUCAUGCCUGGAUGGCAGAUACUGAUGUUACAGCAGGCACUGACAUAUUCAAUGCCAUUGGCAGAAUCAUAGUAGACUGUAAGAUAUUUGUCUUCAUCAUGAGCACAGCCUCAGUCAGUUCCAAACUCUGUCAGGAUCAGCUAGCUUUGGCGUAUGUGUCCAAAAAGAAUAUUUAUCCUGUACAGCUGAAUGAGAGAGAUGACUUGCUGAAUCAUAUGGACAAUGGAAUGAAACUUCAACUAGCUGGAUUUGAAUGGUUUUCAUUGUGUAACAACUUUGAAAGUGAAAGUAAAGAGGUUGUGGAUAAAGUCUGUGAAGAGAUUCAAAGUGAGCUUGAGGCAGAGAAAGCAGAUGGCAGUAAACAAGACUUGAGGAAAUCUCUAAAAAGACAGAAAACUUUAACUAACUUGAAUAAGAGUUUUCAGUCAAAAACAAAGAUGUCCAGACUUUAUCUGGAAGACGCCAGUACUUACUGGAAUGAAUGUUUUGGAAAAGAAACAAUUAUCGAUUGGGAAAAAUUCAGGAAUCAGCUCCUGAAAGAUUUCAAGGAGGAUUUUGAGGAAACAUUUGGGGAAAAAGACACGGAAUGGCUCCUAUCCAUUCUCCGACGAGAGAUGCUGAUAGAAACAGGUGACAUGAUGUUGAAUAGGGAAAACUAUCUAGCGUUUUGCACUCUUGACGAUGUUGUUCAUCCGCUGUGGUUCAGAAUCCAGGAACAAGCCAGAGAGAGCUAUGCAAUGAGGGAAGUAUUCAGUAUGGAUUCCUCUGUCAGGGUCCAGGCCAUUGAAAAUUUAGGCAAGUACAAAAGUGCAACAGUGAUAGAAGCUUUACUGGACCUGCUAACAGACAAUGAUGUCAACAUACAAGCUGUAGCCAUUAUCUCUCUGGCAAGGACAGGGUCCAAUGAUAUCAAAACCAUUGUCAACCUGAAAAAGUGUCUGAAAUCUAAAGACCGGGUGGUGAGGGAGGCAGCGUGCCUGGCCCUGGGGCAUGUCAAGGCAACACAGGCUGUGGAAGCACUGGUCAAUCUGUGGAGAAAUGAUAUUAUCUCCAAUGUUAGAGAAGCAGCUCUUGUUGCUCUGAAAAACAUCGGGGGAGAAAAGGCUGAAGAGGCUAUCCGAGUCACCACAGUUCUGGAGAGAGAAAUCCGUGCUCUGAAGGCAUAACCAAUUUAACGAAUUCUCAAAUGAGUUGGAUUCGACGUACAAUUACAAAAAAAAAAAAGAAAGAUAAUUUUUGUACAGUGUCACACAAUAUUGUG